CUUCGAGUGGGUUCACCACAUCAGCCACCACUCCUGCUUCUGAGCACAGGGUGCUCUCCUCUUGAGCUCAGCUUCUGCUUUUGCAGCCAAGCAUCCUUGCUGCUGCUGCCUGCCUACCUGCCUACCCGCAGGGUUUGCAGCCCUCCACUUGACUUCCUCCAGCCCUGCUGCCAGCUGAGAAGUCUCCCUGCAGCUCCUGGUUUCUGCCUAGAGCCAUGUGUGCAGAUGCCGCACUGGAGAAGGAGGCACUUGCUCCUGGCUCUCAUCCCAGCUGAGUUUCUCCUGUUGAUUUCAGGACCACAGAUGCUGAGGAGGUAUUUCCUGGCAUCCUUCCCUCUGCUACCACCAGCUAAGGACCAGAUCAAAAGCGAGUGUCAGGAUGGGCCGCGCUGCCAGAGGCCGACGCUAGCCAGCGAAGUGUGAAGAGUUGGCCAGAAUGACCAACUCUUCCACGUCCACUUCCUCCACCACCGGAGGGUCGCUGCUGCUGCUCUGCGAGGAAGAGGAGUCGUGGGCGGGCCGGCGCAUCCCCGUGUCCCUCCUGUACUCGGGCCUGGCCAUCGGGGGCACGCUGGCCAACGGCAUGGUCAUCUAUCUCGUGUCGUCCUUCCGGAAGCUGCAGACGACCAGCAACGCCUUCAUCGUGAACGGCUGCGCCGCGGACCUCAGCGUCUGCGCCCUCUGGAUGCCGCAGGAGGCGGUGCUCGGGCUCCUGCCGGCCGGCUCCGCGGAGCCCCCCGGGGACUGGGACGGCGCCGGGGGCAGUUACCGCCUGCUGCGGGGCGGGCUGCUGGGCCUUGGGCUCACCGUGUCUCUCUUGUCCCACUGCCUGGUGGCCCUGAACCGCUACCUGCUCAUCACCCGGGCGCCCGCCACCUACCAGGCGCUGUACCAGCGGCGCCACACGGCGGGCAUGCUGGCGCUGUCCUGGGCGCUCGCCCUGGGCCUCGUGCUGCUGCUGCCGCCCUGGGCGCCGCGGCCCGGCGCCGCGCCCCCGCGCAUCCACUACCCGGCGCUGCUGGCCGCCGCGGCGCUGCUGGCGCAGACGGCGCUGCUGCUGCACUGCUACCUGGGCAUCGUGCGCCGCGUGCGCGUCAGCGUCAAGCGGGUCAGCGUCCUCAACUUCCACCUGCUGCACCAGCUGCCCGGCUGCGCCGCCGCCGCCGCCGCCUUCCCGGGCGCCCCGCACGCGCCGGGCCCGGGUGGCGCCGCGCACCCGGCGCAGGCCCAGCCGCUGCCCCCCGCGCUGCACCCGCGCCGGGCGCAGCGGCGGCUCAGCGGCCUGUCGGUGCUGCUGCUCUGCUGCGUCUUCCUCCUGGCCACGCAGCCGCUGGUGUGGGUGAGCCUGGCCAGCGGCUUCUCGCUGCCCGUGCCCUGGGGCGUGCAGGCGGCCAGCUGGCUCCUGUGCUGCGCCCUGUCGGCGCUCAACCCGCUGCUCUACACGUGGAGGAACGAGGAGUUCCGCCGCUCCGUGCGCUCCGUCCUGCCCGGCGUCGGCGACGCGGCGGCGGCCGCCGCCGCCGCCACGGCCGUGCCCGCGGUGUCCCAGGCGCAGCUGGGCACCCGCGCCGCCGGCCAGCACUGGUGACCCGGCCAGGGCGCGCGGGAAGCGGAGCGUCCCGGCUUCCCGGCUUCCAACGUCCUUGGUCACCACCGCCUCCCGGCCUUGUAAAGUAUCCCCUGCCUGAAAGGAGACUCCUUUGGGCGAAGACCAGUAAUAAAUCUGUGCGAAGAUUUCGCCUCGACCCCAGGGAGAGACCCGAACCAAGGUUUUAUCCCUACAAGGUGUCCGCGAGGACAUUAUCGGCCGCCACCUGAUUUUUGCCCUUUGUUUCCGUGUUUUAGAGAAAUCCUAAAGUCAAAACACCGGAAACUUCAAGAACUUGCAUACUGACAUUUUGAAAGAACCGGUUAAUUUAUUUCAACACUGUUUUGGAAAAACAGCUUCGAUAACACGAUUACCAUUUCCACUUUCAUCGUCUUAUAAGCUAUGUGAAGGCCCUUGAGUGUGCAUGAGCCAAAGGAAAUAAUAGUGAUGAAGGAAAUAAUAUUUGUGAAGCGUUUUAGAAAUUAACCUCUCUUUGAUGAUGCUUCUAAGUUUAGCCUUGUCGCCUGAAGAAUGGAGCCGCAGAUGUGCACACCAGUAUGUUACUAGUAAGACCUCACGCCCUUUAUUCUUAAAAGGGGAUUUUAUAAAAGUACAGUCAUUACUGAGUGAAACUGAAUCUUAGCCAGUGAGAAAAAUAAAAUCCAGAUUUACUAUUUUACACCCCUUUUUGGCACUUUUGAGACUGAAAAUUGGCAUCGAGGGUUAAAGGGACAAAUUUCCAUUGUGCUGAUCGAUGGUCUGAGCCAGCAGUGGAAUUGUGGAAGAAAUAAAAGGGGGUUGAUCUAUUUUAGGUACCAGUUUCAGGUUUUCUGUAGCAUGCACACUUGUUGCUACCCUCAUUUUGUCAUCACUUCCCUUGCCUUAUGAGUGUGAUUGCAGCUGUGAACAUUCUGUACUAUAAUGGUUGCUAAGGAGAAUAAGUCCUGUUUUCUCUUUAACAUUUAAAAUAUCUCAGUGCACAUGAUAUAAUCAAACACGAAUACACCAUGACUGCAUAGCUAACAUUAACCUCCAUUGCAUGCUCUUAGAUGCUACAACUUACUGGGCAUGUGGUAUACUAAAGCAAUACCCAUUCGACAAGGACAUUUUUACUUCUUCCAGACACCAGGAGAAGUGGCCUUCAAAUAUUUGAAAAGAGACCCAGAGACAUCUCUGGCCACCUAGAGUUCUUCUUGUCUUGACCCAAUUUAUGAGAAAACUCCCAGGUGGGACUUUAUCUUGCAAAUGGAACCACAGUCAAGAUGGAUCAAUGAUAUGGUCUGGCUCUGCAGAGCCAUCUGCACUCUUUCAGGGUUUAGACAAGCCACACGUUAGAAGGUAGCUCUGUUUUUAAUGUAGUUCCUAUGUAUGACCAUGACACUUAACAUGGAUAUCGUAUCUCUUCAAGGUGUUAUAAACUCAGUUGCAUAAAACGAACAGUUCAAUUAGGAGUCUGUUCUAAAAUGUAUGAUUUGAGGCGUGUCCUUUUCCUCUUUAGUUUCCUAAAUUUACUUAGAACUAUUUGAAGUGCAGAAUUGUGUGAAAUCACUUUCUAAAACGAAAGUGGGAGUAAAGUAAUGAAAUAAUCAUCUAUCAGCAAUUCUGACUGCUAACGACAUCAAAUCCGGGGCCGAACAGCCUUGUUUACCUGUGUAAUUCAGGAAUGAGAACAGCUUGCGUUGUUGCCCUCCUGUAAGCCAAGACCAUGGGAACAUUUGUGCAUCUGAAUAAUUACGAGACUUGCAGGAAACAUUGACGUGUUUGUAGAAAAACAAAACAAAACAAUUACGUUCAUCACCAGUAGAUCAGCAGUCAUCUUAUUAAUCUCUCCCCUUUGUGCAUGCACCAUUUCUCUCUUACUAAGGUUUCAUCUGUUCCCAUUUUUCUUGAUUCAAAUACUUAAUUAAAGUUCAGACAACUAUUCCUCUGAGUUUUUUUCUUCUGUCUCUGGUCUUCUCGCAUACCUCCUGGAGAACACGAUGACAGAUGGCACUGUAUCCCAAAGCACUGGGGAUGAAAGUGUCUUCUUUGUUCCGUCUUUAUUUAGUUUUACUUUUAGUUUCUAGAAUUAUUUCUACCUUUUAUAAGUAUGUCAGCAUUAAAAAGAAAUAGAUAUAAUGUCCUUUCUGUAAGUAUAGUUGAUUUGGGAAAUACACGGUAACAACAGAGAGGAGAAGAUCGUCCUUUUUUGGAGGACACUUGUCUAAAUCUCUAUCAAAAAGCUCUUCUUUUAAUUAAGCCUUUGUCCUUGUUCUUUACUGUGGAUGCUACAAUUUUCCCCCCAGUUCCUAUAAACACUUGCCAAGCAUGUAAACUUUAGCUUUUCAAAUACCUGGUAUCUCGCAGUGCUUCUGGCUAACACUGAGAACCUCCUCGUGGUGGCUCAGUGCCAUGUGGGAGACCUACUUCAGGUUGUAUUUACUGGUAAUUAACUCCACAGGACUGAUUCACUUUUAAUUUCCAAGUAGCAAUGAUGUGUCUAAAAAUGCCUUACUUGGGCGAAAGCUGGGAGUGUUGGGAGUCACCGCUUUUACAAAUUAAGGUAAU